UUUUUAUCUUGUGCACGUCGUCAUCUGUUGUCGGUCGAUCGAUGACGAGAUACAGGAAGCAUCUUGUUCUUAACGUCUGCUUCAUUAUUCUUCCGGGAGUGUUUGUAUGACGAUCCUCCCACACAGCCUCGUUGUUGAAGUUCGCCAUUUUGAAGUUUCUGCUUCAAACAUUUGUUUGUAAACAAGUCAGUUUUAGAUAAACCACAUUCUUCAUCCAUUUCGUCGUCCGUGAGGAAAAAGAAAAUAUCUAAUCUUAAGAAGAAAACGGGUUGGGCCAGGAACUUGCGAAAUCGUCUGUGGGCCACCCGACGAAGCUCUGAUGUAAGCAGCACGUGAGAAUCUGUCCUGAGUGCACUUGAUGACCCAACUGAACAGGAUUUCACUGCACGUGUCGCAACGUUUGAUCAGAUAAACCGUUGUGAGACCGGAUGUGAAAACAUCGCCUGCCCUUGCUGGGAGUGCAGGAGACCGGUAGGUGGCGGUGCCAGUGACCCACGUGAACAUGCUGCCACGUCGACUUCGGCAGGUCUCGGUUCGCAUCCUCUUCUGCGCCGUUCUCCGCAGUCUUCUGGCACUGGGUGCGCUGCUGCUGCAGUCAGGAGGAACCCUCGCGAACGGCAACACCCCGAUUCACCCAAUCCAAGUAAGACUAGCUGAUGGGGUGCAUCCACGAGAAGGUCGGGUGGAGGUUUUAUGGCAUGGCACCUGGGGUACAGUUUGUGAUGACAACUGGGACAACAACGAUGCUACGGUCAUCUGCAGGAUGCUGCAUUAUGGAGGGGGGACUGCAGUGUCCAACGCCUACUUCGGACAGGGUGACGGCCCAGUGCUGCUGACAGAUGUCGGGUGCAUGGGGGACGAGGCGACUUUGAACCAAUGUCCUAUCGGGUACAUGGUUUCCAACUGCGGCCACCACGAGGACGCGGGGGUCAAGUGCAGCACCGGCCCUGACUCCUCCCCGGUGGGAGGAGGGAGAGGAGGGUUAGGAUCCCCGAUGAAGUCUAAAGUACCCCUUUCCCCGUCACUUCCGCUCUCGAGCAGAUGCACCAAUCCUUCCUCCAAGGACCCGCCAUUAAAGAUUCGCCUGCUGGGGAAGGAAGGUGAGAACUGGGCCGGGUGGGUGCAAGUCCUUGCCAGUAACGGCACCUGGGGACUGGUCUGUGACGACAACUGGGACCUGCUAGCAGCUCAGAUGGUGUGCAGAGACCUGUGCUUCAGUCCCCAGGAGGCGGAGCCCGGCUGGCUGAGCUCCUCCAUGAAGCUGCCUGUCAUGCCGAUCGUUCUCGACGAUGUCAAGUGCUUCGGCAACGAGUCGUCCUUCCUGAAGUGUAAUCACAGGCCAGAGUUCACCCACGACUGUGGCCCCUCCGAGCUGGCGUCUGUCUCCUGCAAACGGACUGCUCCUCCCACAAAAAUCCCAGCUCCCGAAGCCUCGGUGGAAUGCAGCGAGACGGAGAUCAUCGUGGCGUUGGCGCGAGACGUGGACCCCAACAUGACCGAGCGCCACCUGACGGUCGAGCGCUCCUUCCAGAACGGUGGUCGGUGUGUGCCAGGCUUUAGGAGCAACUCCACGCACAUUCUCAUCUUCUUGAACUUCAUCAACUGUGCAGUUAUUUUGCAAAACGAGACACACCUGACCUACUCUACCCUCGUGGUAGUGGAGCCCAGCAGCCGCGAGGAGCCCAGCGGCUUCAUGUCACGUGACCUGCAGUUCGUCGUCACUGCCAGCUGCGAGAUGCCGCGCGGCGAAAGCAAGGACAAAAGCAUCCUGUCGCCCACCAGCCAGGAGGUCCGCGCCGUGGCCAACACCACUCUACCCAUCAUCAUGCAGCUGUUCACAGAUGACACUUUCUCCACACCUGUCACUUUCCAGGGCUUGAACAUCGUUCCAUCAGGCUCCUGGGUCAACGUGGGGCUGACCUUAAAGACCCAGGACCCACGUCUACAGCUCGUCGUGCCGGACUGCGUGGCUGCACCCGAUCCCCCAGUUUCCUCCCUGCCCGUCCAGGUGCUGCUCCGAAACAAGUGUCCAGUGGAAUCCACCCUGUCUGUCCACACCAUCAGCGACUUCAUGUUAGGAUUGCGCUUCCAGCCUUUCUCCUUCGUGGGGUCAACUAACAUGAUCGUCAAGUGCAACGCUUAUGUGUGCACCAAGGUGUCGGCUUCACAGCCCAUUUCCAGCCAGUGUGACCGGAGCUGCAACAGCAGCAAGCCCCUGGCCUCACGGCGCGCGAGAAGACGAAGCCCAGGUGAGGGUGGACAGGUGCGAGACAUCCGGACUCGUGCAGACUGGAGAGGGGUUGCCCAGCAGCCGACCAGACUCAGCAUGGCCAUGUCGAUGUUACCAACAGCCACCAAGCACCCGCCUAUCUACAAGACUGGGCGGCCUCAUGGAGGGCUUUCUGAAUACUUAAUAUUUCUCCAUACAUCACCUGUGCCCUGAAUACUGGUUUCUAGGUGAAUGUCACAGUAACAACUACCGUUGGUUAAGAAAGAUUUUAUUUAGCGGGUGGGAGUGUGUGGAAACAAUCAAAUGUUAGGAUGAUUCUUUUGGGUCCAACAUUUGCUGCUUGUUCUGCUUCCAUGACUACUUCUGCUCGUUUGAUGUUUCUCGCUUUUUUGAGCCAUGUUUGAGCUCAUCUAUACAUUGGUCGUGAGAGGUGUGUGCAUUUUUUCAGUCCCGUUCGGUUAAAAAUAAGAUCUGAUGCCAGUUGCAAGACGUGUUUCUAAUAUUUAAAAUAUUGUAAAGCAUCAAAUUGAGAAGCUGAAAAAAAAAAUCGCUCGUAUGCCGUUAAAUGUGUAGCACAAGCAGAUAUAUAAAAAAUUGGUUUUACAGGAAAAAGAUCUGCCAUCAACAGUUUUCUAAUAUUUGAAACAUGUUAUAAAAUAGUGUUGUGCACUGUAUUUCUAUGUAGUUAAUAAUCUAUGCCGGUUAAAGGCCUAAAAAGUGUAAAAUUAGAAACCUGUACAAAUUGCCCUUUGAUGAAGCCUGUAAAUAUUAAUUGUGUUUGUUUACUUGCUUGCUA